UGCCAAGACUCUGGAAGACACAUCAGAUUAGCUUGCAGUGUUUCUUGCCACAGGCAGAUUGAUCCAGAAUCGCUACAUCGGUGUCUUGGGUGCAAGCUUUCCAGUCAUGUCCGAAGGCAAGGCUCUCAAAGUCCGGGUGACUUUUGCUGUCAUUUUGGUUGGCAUGGCUUUACUGUUUGCAGCAGUGGUGACAGAUCACUGGGCUGUGCUGAGUCCUAAGGUGGAGAAUUACAAUGCUACCUGUGAGGCAGCUCACUUUGGGCUAUGGCGGCUCUGUACAAAACGGAUAUAUGUGCAAGAAGACGAGGUGGCCCAGGAGAAAGGCUGUGGGCCAAUAAGCCUGCCAGGAGAGCUCAACUGUUCAUACUUCACACACUUCGCCCCAGGAGAGAGCACAGAAAUAUUUGAAGUAACAACACAAAGAGAAUACAGCAUUUCUGCAGCAGCCAUUGCCAUCUUCAGUGUUGGUUUUGCCAUUAUCGGAACCAUUUGCGUCCUCUUAUCCUUUAGGAAGAAAAUGGAUUAUCUCCUGAAGCCAGCUUCUUUGUUUUACACCUUUUCAGGCCUGUGCAUUAUCAUCUCUGUGGAAGUCAUGAGGCAGUCUGUCAAAAGGAUGAUUGACAGCGAAGAGACCGUCUGGAUCGAGUACUAUUACUCCUGGUCUUUUUCCUGUGCCUGUGCUUCCUUUGUCUUCCUCUUCAUCUGUGGGAUUGCUCUGCUGCUCAUCUCUUUGCCUCGCAUGCCUCAGAACCCCUGGGAGACCUGUAUGGAUGCAGAGCCGGAGCAUUAAGCCACUCCUCCUUCUCAUAUUGCCACUUAAGCAAACUCAUACCUCUCCCCAAAGGUCAGCUCUCUCUCUCUCUAUAUAAAUAUGAUAACAGACCUCCAGAAGUCAGCGUAGGAUGACAGAAGUCUCCUUGGGCAACACCUGCUGAUGAAAUACAAGAGGAGUUUAAUACAAAGUGUGGUCUAUUUUAUUUUUUAAAAUUUAAGAAGUGUUAAAGUGACUUGUGUUGGCCGCAUUUACCAAUAACUCUGCUCUGCUGCCCUUCCAGAUUGUAAUACAGCCCCUUGAAUAUAGUUCUGGAAAGGAUUUAUAAUUUAGUUGAAUGGGAAUGUGCAGGUAAGAGAGAGAGAAGAGGUUUUCCAAAGGGGAGGCCCAACCCCUAUUUGGUAAGAAAUGGAAGUGGGAAGCAAGAGCUCUAAGCCAUUUUCUCAUCAAUUUGUAAACCAUUUUCUCCAUCAGUCCCACUGGAGGGAGCAUUGAAGUCUUAAUUCAUAAAUGACUGUAAAUAAUGUUUCAACCAAAUUGUGGAAUGUCUGACAUCAUUAAGCACAUUUUAAUAAUUAAAAAAAGAUUUUGGAUGAACAACCUUUA